GACUCGUUUGGAUACUUCCAGUACUCCAACAGUAAUACAUUGGCAUUGAUUCAAAAGGUUGAUCACCAUGAUCCUUCUUCCACCGCGACAACGCGCGAGCCGACCCUGUCCCCCGAAAGCACCGACGAUGUUCACCGCAUCCUGGAAAGAAUACCCGACCGCCAAAUCCUCGACUUCCUGGUCCAGUACUUUAGGACCGAGGUGAACUGGAUGGACCACUUGGUGCAUAUCCCUUCGUUCUACCCGCAAUAUCAGGCAUGGUUUGCGCUUGAGCAAAUAACAACCGUCGCCGAGGUCGACUUUGCGAUUCUCGUCUUGCGUCUCUGCUCCUACACCUUGCAAUUCCUGCCGUCUCCCUUCUAUACACUGGACAAGAUUCGUGGAGUACUGCUGGCCGAGAUACGGACGUGUUGCGACGAGACAGCCGACAGCCUCGAGAGCAUCAGCACACAGACAGACAGCCGCGGAUCUCUCGUUAGGACCCAGUCUCUGGCCUUUUAUGCAUUGCAGUGCCAGAUGGAGGGGAAGACGCGGGGUUUCUGGGAGGCUUUGAGCCGCGCUAUACGGGUAGGACAGGAUGCCGGUAUCCAUUGCGACGCUGUCAGUCAUCACAAAGGCAUCGACAGGGUAGAGCGGGAGAUGAGACGGAGGACAUACUGCAACCUCUUCGUCUGGGACUCGCUCCUUUCACGCCAACUGGAUCGUAUCCCGUUCAUUCCUGGCCGCAUGGAGGAUGCAAACUGGCCAGACAUACGUUUACUUCAGCCACCACAUCAGAGAGACACCGAAGGGGAAAUCCCAAGUGGCAUGGAGCCCACCAUUGCCGAGGCGCCAGAUCCAUUCACAGAACGCCUCCUUCAGGCCAAGUUGGCCGACUUUUGGCGCGGUGCCGGGGUGGGACAGCGCGCCGAUUACGACAUGAGUCUCCGAGAAGAUCUCUACGAAGUCUUCAGCCGCGAGUACAUCGACCGACUUCCUCCUCCUUUCGCCCUCCACAACCCGGAUGAGCGGUGGGAUGAUCGUUUUCCCAAGCUGCGCCUCCAGCGUAAGCUUCUGCAUAUGGCCAUUUACGACUCAAUAUUGUGGAAUUUCCGGCCCCUCCUUCUUCGCAAGCCUUCUCCCCUACCAGCCUACAAGUCCGUCAUGUUGAGCUGCCAAAAGCGAAAGCUGGCGGCAGCGGCACUGUGUGCGCUGGAGGCAGUGACACAGCUUCACGCGCUGCUUCACGGCUGCCACACACGCCUCGCCAGCAUUGUCGUCACCACCUUUGAAUCGGCUGUGGUCCUCGUAUAUCUGGCAGCUGACCAAACCUUCCCCGAGGACUGCCCCCCGCAGCAUAUUUCCCCGCCGGAUGCCUUCAAAUCGGACCCUUUGCAAGAGGGGAUCUGCAAGGUCUCGCUAACUGUAACGCUGCAAGCGAUCCAAGGGGCCCUGAAGCGACUCAAGAUGCUUGCCGAAGUGAGCAGCAUGGCAGACGUUGCAGUCACCACUCUGAUACGCCUCAUGAACAAGGUGGCGGUCUUGGCUACAGAACAGGAAGCACCAGAGCAGAUCCACCACGCUUUCAGCAACAGGGCGGCAAGGCCGAUGGUGCUUGGCACUACGCGGCCGCACGCCUCUUCCACCACUUCACUACCAACAUCACAGAUGAGCAGCAUAUCACUACCACUGGCGACCUCAGCACCUGGAGCUAACAACAUUAAUCCAUGGCUUUCAGAGACCAUGUCAGACAUGAGAUCAGUGGACGAGUACAUGUCCGGAAUGAACGAGGCUAUACAUGCUACCUCCGGCUCAGGAGAUAUCUCAGGCACCUGGCCUUCUUUUGACCCGUCACAACUAUACGGACCGGGGGUUUUUGGAAUUUUGGAGGAGGCAUGA